AGUAGGAUAAAACUUGAAAGAAACAGAAUUAAACACAAUUCUUCGUCUCAGUUUCCAGAUAAUUCUAUAUCUUCCUCUUCCUCUUCCUCAUCCUGCUCCUACAAUGGCAAUUUCCUUGCCAUCGGCCACCAUUUCAUCCCUAACCUCCGAUAAUUCUUGCAGUUUCAUCUGUUCAACUACUUCUUCAACUUCAAGAAAGUCUUGUCCAGUCCCUAAAUCUUGUUCUUCCUUGUCUUCUCUUCAACAGCAUUUUCCAUGGAAGCUUCGUCGUCAGAUUCGUAUUGGAAAUGCUCGCUCGUCUUCUCAACAACGUGAUCGAAUUCUUCCUCUGGUUCAAGCAAAGAAGCAGACAUUUUCCUCAUUUGAUGAAUUGAUUACCAAUGCUGACAAACCAGUUCUAGUUGACUUUUAUGCAACAUGGUGUGGUCCUUGUCAGUUUAUGGUUCCUAUUCUUGAACAAGUGUUAACCUCUUUGAAGGACAAGAUUCAGGUGGUUAAAAUUGAUACAGAGAAAUAUCCAGAAAUCGCUGGCAAGUACAAGAUUGAGGCAUUGCCUACAUUCAUCUUAUUCAAGGAUGGGAAGCCUUUUGACCGCUUUGAAGGUGCGCUGCCUGCAGAUAAGCUAAUUCAACGCAUUGAGUCUUCUUUGGCUGUGAAAUCAUAACAUUGACAUUUGCCUGAUGGCCAUCAUAUGGAAGCUUUUGUAUGUUCAUUGAAAUGUUACCUUUGAUUUGGAUAAGCAAUCACACAGGAAUACUGCAUUUGACAUCCGAAGAUAAAGAUUGUUCUAUUUUUUGGUCAUGUAAAGGGAUACCAUGAAAGCUGGUGAAAUGCUUUACCUGAUCAUUAGAAUGAGUUGAAAUCUUUGUGGUUGCUAAUAUAAUAACCUUAUUACUAAUGGCUCGUAUGGUUUUUCCUAGAUAAAUAGUUUCAUUUGGAAAGGACAAAAUUGAAAACUUGUUAUGGGAGUGUUUAUGUCUAUGUGUACAAAGUCGGUUUGGGCUUUUUCAAGCUAAUUCAAAACAGCUUAUUUUCUGUC